UCUCCAUCCCUCUUUUAAACACCAUAAAGCCUUAAACCUCAAAAGACAUUUCAACAACAUUCAUUUUCAUUCUCACUCCCCACCAAAAAAAAAAAAAACAGAAGCCAUGAACUCCUCGUCUCUUCUAACUCCUUCAUCAUCUCCUUCUCCACAUCUUCAAUCUCCUGCAACAUUCGACCACGAUGAUUUCCUCCACCACAUCUUCUCCUCCACUCCUUGGCCCUCAUCCGUUCUCGACGACACUCCUCCACCAACUUCCGAUUGUGCCCCCGUCACUGGAUUCCACCACCACGACGCCGAUUCAAGAAACCAGAUCACUAUGAUUCCUUUGUCACAUAACCAUCCUAAUGACGCUCUCUUCAAUGGCUUCUCCACCGGAUCUCUCCCUUUCCACCUCCCUCAAGGAUCGGGAGGUCAAACGCAAACGCAGUCGCAGGCGACGGCGUCAGCCACCACCGGUGGUGCAACGGCGCAACCUCAGACAAAGCCUAAAGUCCGAGCUAGGAGAGGUCAAGCCACUGAUCCUCACAGUAUCGCCGAACGGUUACGGAGAGAGAGGAUAGCGGAAAGAAUGAAAUCUCUUCAAGAACUUGUCCCUAAUGGUAACAAGACAGACAAAGCAUCAAUGCUCGAUGAGAUUAUCGAUUAUGUCAAGUUCUUACAGCUCCAAGUCAAGGUACUAAGCAUGAGUAGACUGGGCGGUGCUGCUUCUGCUUCUUCUCAAAUCUCUGAGGAUGCCGGUGGAUCCCACGAAAACACCUCCUCCUCCGGCGAGGCGAAGAUGACGGAGCACCAAGUUGCAAAGCUAAUGGAAGAGGACAUGGGAUCAGCCAUGCAAUAUCUACAAGGCAAAGGUCUUUGCCUCAUGCCCAUCUCGUUAGCCACCACCAUCUCCACCGCCACGUGUCCUUCUCGUAGCCCCUUCGUUAAAGAUACCGGCGUUCCUUUGUCUCCUAACCUAUCCACUACAAUAGUUGCUAACGGUAAUGGCUCAUCGUUGGUCACCGUUAAAGACGCUCCCUCCGUUUCCAAGCCGUGAUAACGGCCAUUUGUCCAUUUCAUUUUCCCUUUUUUGGGUGGGAAAGAGAGAAAAAAGUUUAGAAGACAAAGACAAGUGGGAUAGGUGGUUUUGGUCAAAGUUUAGAAAGAAUAAGGUCGUGUUUUCGGAUACGACACCGUAUUUGCGUACACUUUGGUUUUCUGUCUUUACCUACUACAAACCACCCAUAAGCACACUCAUGUUAUCAUGUUUUUUUUUUUUUGGUUUAUAAAGUUAUAUCCUUAAAUUUUCUAUCACAGAACCGGUCUGGUCUAACAAAUGUCGUCAAUGAUGAUCAUUUAGGCCAAAGAGUUUGUUUAAAACUCGUUAUGCUUAAGUUUCUAAAUCUACACAACACAGGAAUGUAACACUUAAGCAGGCUUAAUUUCACCGUUUUAUAUACUCACAUACUGAAGAAAUUUAUUGUCAAUCGCCAAUGUGGUCAGCGGUAAGAUCUCAUAUAAAUCUUCCUAGUAGUGUUCAAGAAAAUCACUAUAUAUGCAGCAGGGGCUUAGAGUAGCAUCUAACGUUUAGAACACCUAGUCAGGAUCAUUUUAGGUGGUUAAGAGUUUUGUAGAGUGAAUUUGUAUGGUAUACCUCUACUAUGACCUACUACUAUAAACGAAAUAACAUGAUCUUAAUUUAUCUUAUAAGCACAAAAAUAAACAGCAAGGACCGAGAAAACAUAUAAGAUAUAAACCAUUUCCAUAUAUACCAACGACCUCAAACGUUUACAUGUUCAAACCGUCAGAAUGUUU